AUGCAAAAAUUUGUUUGUUGUGCAAAUAGUUUACAGUAUCCUAAAAGAUUUUUAGCUACAGACGUUAAAAAAGGUUUAAACGUGCUAUUUUUUGGUACUGACAAUUUUUCUCUACCAAGUUUAAAGAUAUUGCAUAAAAAUAGUUCUACAGAUAUAAUAAAUCAGCUAGGCACAGUGACAUCUUUUAAAAAUCCCGCAAAUUGUGUACGCUUAUUUGCAAGCCAACAAAAUAUAGCUUUGCACCGUUGGCCGGUUGAAGCAGAGUUGUGCCAUAAUUAUGAUCUUGGUGUGGUGGUAUCGUUUGGACAUUUAAUUCCACAAAAAUUAAUUGAAUCAUUUCCUUUAGGCAUGAUAAAUGUGCAUGCUAGCCUACUACCGCGUUGGCGAGGUGCUGCGCCCAUUAUUUAUGCUAUUAUGAAUGGUGAUCAAAAGACUGGCGUAUCUAUUAUGAAGAUAGAACCAAAGCAUUUUGAUAUAGGCGAUAUUUUGGCGCAACGUGAAAUCAAUAUAAGACCAAACGUAUAUAUGUCUGAACUCUACGUGGAGUUGGCUGAACAUGGUGCUAACUUAUUAAUUGAUGUGCUACGUGAUUUUCAUAAUAAGCUAUCAAUAGCAACGAAACAAGAUAAUGCAGCUGCUACUUACGCUCCUAGGAUAACACAAAGUUUAACGGAAGUGACGUGGUCUAAUAUAAAUGCAGAACAGUUACACGCGAGAUUUCGUGCUUUACACGGCUUCAAACAGUUAAGCGCACAGUUUCAAGGCAAAACUAUAAUUUUGGUUGACAUCAAAUUACCGCAGCUUAUAACAAAAGAAGCAGAUAUGUUGCUACAUUCACAACCUGGUGCGUUUAUAUAUCAGCGUAGUAAAAAAUGUUUAUAUGUGCGAUGUGCCAAUAACUCUUACAUAGAAGUGCAUCAGUUACGAAUCGAAGGCAAAAAAAUAAUGAGUGCUAUGGAAUUUAAUAAUGGUUAUUUGAAGAAACAAACGAUAGCAAAUCUAUUAUUCGAGAUUAAAAAAGUUGCUUGUUAAUAAUUGAAU